AUGGCCAUUGGCGCGUCGGUCAAGGAGCGGACGUUCUGGAAGGAGGGCGCCCUCCUGUGGCGGCAGUAUGGCCUCGCGGGGCUGUACCGGGGCUGCGGCAUGACGUGCUUGAGGUCGGCGCCCAGCUCGGCGUUUAUCUUCAUGGUGUUUGACGGACUCAAGAGGCACUUUCCCAUUCAGUAG